AAGAUGGGCUUUGAACCACUAGCCUACAAAGGCCUGGAGACGGGUUCCCGGGAGGUAGUCAGCCAUGUGAUCAAGCAAGGCAAGAUUGUGUUUGUCUUCUCCUCCGCCCUCAACCCCUGGAACAAAGAGAUGGGCGACCACCUGGUAAAACACGGUGACGGAGUGAAAGACAUCGCUUUUGAGGUGGAAGACUGUGACUACAUCGUUCAGAAAGCCCGGGAACAGGGCGCCAAAAUCGUGCGGGAGCCCUGGAUAGAGCAAGAUAAGUUUGGGAAGGUGAAAUUGGCCGUGUUGCAGACGUAUGGGGACACCACACACACCCUGGUGGAAAAGAUGAACUAUAGCGGCCGGUUCUUGCCUGGAUUCGAGACCCCAGCAUCUGUGGACCCCCUACUUUCCAAGCUGCCUAGCUGCAGUCUCGAGAUGGUCGACCACAUUGUGGGAAACCAGCCUGAUCAGGAGAUGGUGUCUGCCUCUGAGUGGUACCUGAAGAAUCUGCAGUUUCACCGGUUCUGGUCUGUGGAUGACACACAGGUGCACACAGAAUACAGCUCUCUGCGCUCCAUCGUGGUGGCCAAUUUUGAGGAGUCCAUCAAGAUGCCCAUUAAUGAGCCAGCACCAGGGAAGAAGAAAUCUCAGAUCCAGGAAUAUGUGGACUAUAACGGGGGCGCUGGGGUCCAGCACAUUGCUCUCAAGACCCAAGACAUCAUCACAGCGAUUCGCCACUUGAGAGAGAGAGGCAUGGAGUUCUUGGCUGUUCCACCAACGUACUACAAACAACUUCGGGAGAAGCUCAAGUCGGCCAAGAUCCGAGUGAAGGAGAGUAUUGAUACCCUGGAGGAGCUGAAAAUCCUGGUAGACUACGACGAGAAAGGCUACCUCUUGCAGAUCUUCACCAAGCCCAUGCAGGAUCGGCCCACGCUCUUCCUGGAAGUCAUCCAGCGCCACAAUCACCAGGGUUUUGGAGCCGGCAACUUCAACUCACUGUUCAAGGCUUUCGAGGAGGAGCAGGACCUGCGGGGCAACCUCACCGACUCGGAGAACACCCGGACCCUGCCGGGCAUGUAGGCCCUGACGGCCCGGCGGCCCCACCGUGGCCCCACCGUGGCCCCGCCCACCCGCCGGCGUGCGGUGGGCCACGCCCUCAGCCCUGGAACACGCCCACCCCACGGACCCCGAACUGCAAGCCUUCCUUACUGGCCACUCCCUCUAGGCCCCGCCCACCAGCCCGGUACACCCAGGCGCUGACCACGCCCCCCUCGCUUGGGCCCCUCCCUGCUCCCGCCCUCCGGAAUAAAGCGGACCGGGGUCCUGUGAGAGGUCUUGGUGUUUGCGCCGUGCUGGGGCAGUGACGCCCCUCGGCCUGCAGGGGGAGCUCAGGGCCGCAGCACUGCAGGAGGCGUCCGCGUUCUUGCUUCGGAGCCAGGCCCAAGCCCGGGAGGCGCCGAGUGCAAGCGUUUUGCUAAGUGGGACCGCGCCGGUCAGGGAGAAUUCUGGAACCAAGGGGUGCGGAGGGCUGACA